UCCCACUUUGCUAGUUUUAUCAAAUUUGGCUAGAAAAAUAGUUCAAGAAUUGAGAUUUUGUUGGUUCUUUCUCCAUAUUGUUCAACACAUAUAAUAUAAUUCAUUAGUUAUGUGUAAACUUUAGGCAGGGGAGUAAGGUUGAUAUACACAAAUAAUGGAGAUAAACAUGUCUUUGCCUACAAAAGUUGCAUCCAAAGAUGAAUACAAGGAAGUGAAGCAUUUCAAGAAAUGGGUUCCUUGGUUGAUUCCCUUUUUUGUGAUUGCCAAUGUCAUUGUGUUCAUAAUCACUAUGUAUGUCAAUGAUUGUCCUAAUAACUCGGUUUCAUGCAUUGCGCGGUUUUUCGGUCGAUUCUCCUUUCAGCCUUUCCAUGAGAAUCCUCUUCUUGGACCUUCAUUGUUGACGUUAAGGAGUAUGGGGGCACUAGAUGUGGACAAAGUGGUUAACAAACACCAAGGUUGGCGCCUCAUCACUUGUAUGUGGUUACAUGGUGGAGUAUUCCAUCUAUUGGCAAAUAUGUUGGGCAUUUUACUUGUUGGAAUUCGCCUUGAACAAGAAUUUGGGUUUGUGCUUAUAGGAGUACUAUUUGUAAUAUCUGGAUUUGGGGGUAGCUUGCUAUCUGCUCUUUUCAUUCAGCAAAGUAUCUCUGUGGGUGCCUCAAGUGCUCUCUUUGGCUUACUAGGAGGCAUGCUUUCCGAACUCAUUACUAAUUGGUCUAUAUAUGAUAAAAGGCUAGGAGUACUGAUUACUCUCGUGUCUAUUAUUGUGAUCAAUUUAGCAGUGGGAAUUUUUCCACAUGUGGACAAUUUUGCUCAUAUUGGAGGGUUUUUCACAGGAUUUCUUCUUGGAUUUGUGUUUUUGAUCCGUCCUCAAUUUGGAUGGGUUAAGCAAAAGUAUGUUACUCCAAAUUCUCAAGUUUAG